AUGCCCCCGAAAACAGAUCCCGAGUCGAACCCCGUGCUUCUGCGGGGAACCAAAAAACAUUUGCUUGACGCUUUCGAGCAACUGAAAACCAUCUUCGCUGAUGGAGGAGAAGUGUUAAGUGAUUCGGUCGAUGCGUGGUCUGAAAGGUUAGAGCAAAUUGCACAUGAAUACCGUCGUGUGGUUUGCGAGUUAGAGACUGUUCACGGUGAUGAUUCGUACAAGACUGAACGACUUAAUUUCGAUAAAUCGUACUGUGUAAUGCGCGCCAUUGCUUUGAAACUACAAAAGGGAAACCCUACUCCGCCACCCCCUCAAGCCCCACGAACAGUGACUAACAUUCGGUACUCUGAGUUGAGUCUACCGCGCUUCAGCGGGCGGCUAGAAGACUGGUGCGUUUUUCGCGAUGCUUUCGAUUCCGCUAUCGGUUGCUGUACAGAGAUCAGUGACUACGAAAAGUUCCAAUACCUAAAGGGUCUCGUUCAGGGUGACGCGUCGCGGAUAGUCAAUUCCGUUCCGGUCAGUCAGGACGGAUAUCGCGAUGCGUGGAGAGCACUAAAAUUGCGGUACGAGAAUAAGCGUCAGCUGGUUCCACAUCCAAGCUUUGUUUGA